GUUUUGGGAUCUACUCCCUAUUUACCUCCCUUUUUAGCUUUAAAAAUGUUUGAUGGUAAUAUUUAAAAGAGCAUGAUGGAAAUCUCUGGAGGCUUUGCAUAUGGAUAAAAAUAGAGAUAAAUAUUUGAUGUCAGUGGGGAAUGCUUCAACUGUAUAAAUAUUAGCCAUUGUGUGUGCAUAUGAUCAUAUUUGUUUCUGAAUCCUGCUUUGAUUGUGGUGUUACUUUUGUUAUCUUGUGUAAAACCUAAAGUUGCAUGUUGCUGGCUGUGGACUGUUUACACUUGUAUAGUAUGUAAAUUAGUAAACUCACUGAUUGUUAAAGAGAUAGUGUAGUUGGGGGCAUGAGGACAACAUGCUCAUAUUUCUGCCUGCCUGCACGGCUAAUGUUUCCCUUUGAAUCUCAAAGUACAAAUUAAUAGCUAUAUUUUUUCUACACUAUGGCAGACAGUCGUCAACUGUGGUUUUAGAUUAGGGUACAUGAUUACCAUGUUUAAUAUAGGUAAGAAAUCCACCCUUACCAUUAUUUACCUUCUCUAGCCAACCUCCACUUUUGAUAAUGGCCUGUAUUUUUUUCUUCUCCCCCCCCCCCCAAACUCCCAAAUAUGACUGCUUGUCAUGGCUCCUUUGUACAAGUACAAGGAUCAGGUGCUUGGAACAGACUUAAAAAAUAUUGCUAAAUUAUUUUAAAUUGUGGGGGUGUCAGUGGGUCUGAUGAAAUGGAGUAUAGGAAUUUCAACUUUGAUUUUUCUCCUCCAACAUGCUCAAGUCCAAGGUGUGGAAGACUGUCGAACUGUUAAUGGCACAGUUGUGUUUUGCACAUAAAUGCACAGGCAAAAAUUAAGAAUUUCCUAGGACCAGGAAGGAUAGGGAAUAGACUGGCUUCUCAUAGCCUGGGGCAGAAACAAAUUAAGGGCAGAGCAAAAACUCAUGGCCAGCGGUGGUGGUGGUGGUAGCGGGCCGGGCCGAGGGAUCCUGGAUCCUUUGGAGCAUCGCAAACCAGGAUCCAAAGUAAUGCUUGAGAACACUUGUCCAAUUUGCACUACUCGGUUGAUGCUUGGCGGUGCCUCUGCAGCAUCUCCAAAGUAACCCCAAGCAAUUGAUUACAAUAGGAAUCUUUAUCUGAUUGAAUUUUUUUUUCUUUUUUGCAUUUGGUACUUGUUGACUUUGAGGCGAUCAAUACUGGCGACUGUUUAUUUUAGAUGCACAUAAUUUGCCGUGAGACAUGUUUUAAAGGGGGAGGGGAUGAGAGCAGGGAGAGCCGAAAGACAGGGCUUUCUCUCUCUUGCUCUCUCUCCCCCAACCCCCCUUUCUUUCCUAGAGCUGUUGGAGUGAAUGUGAUUGCCAGAUGGGAGAUUUCCCUCUGUGAUGUUAAAGCUGUAAUAUAUAUUCACAGCAGAUUGGACCUGCUGCUUGUGAUGAGGAUAUUACAUUUAUAAAUUUUAAAUCGGGAAUUGGAUAGUGUGCUGAGGGCUGAAAUUGGAUGGGGUGGGAUGGUGGCCACUGUUUAAAUGCAAUUCCUGGGUGAUGGUGGUGGCAAUGAUGAUGAUAAUUCUAACAGUAGUAAUAUACAAUAAUCAUGGCUGGGCAACACUGCUUUAUACAUUGUGUGGCCUUCAUCCCCCAUCCUGUUCCACUGUAUUCCCUUUCCUUCUCCUCCUCCCCAUCUCUGCCCCAUCUUACAUUUUCCUUAUCUUGGCUAGGAGAAUAGUUUUUAUAAAUGGGCCUGAAUUUUUUCUUGGGGUGGAGGUGGGAGAGAGGAAAUGAGAAAACGAAAACAUAAUACAAUCAGGCAUGUGAAUUACAAAAUAAAAACACAGUGCAAUGGUGCUUGUCAGCAAACGUGCCUAGUUAUUGUUUGGUCUUCAUUUUGUUUUGUUUUGUUUUGUCCGAAGAAGUGGUCUGUCAGUGACAUAAUCCUGAAAUGCUGCUGAAGUGUAGGAGCGGAUCAUACUCUGGCAGUUUGGCUGGUAUGAAUUAAAAGUAUGUUGUGGUCAGGAAAUGAAAGCUACUGUGUCUCUUCUGAAGAAGCCAUUUGUCAAGGGGUGCAUCUAUCAAGGAGCCACUUGUCACAAUAAAAUGCCAAAAAAGAAAGGAAAGGCAAAAAAAAAGUUAGAACUAAGUUGGAAUGCUGCUUUUUGAGGUGACCAUCCAAUUUCUUCUUAAGCAAAAAAAGGUAUAAACCUCCAGGAAGGGAGCAGGGGUAAAUGGGUUUGAUCUAGCUCGUUUUGUACUUUUUGUUGAAAAUCUCUUUCUGAGAUUGAUGAAGCCAGGAGAUCUUAGUUUUUGUUGCUUUGAUUCAAUGUUGCACCACAUAGGGAGGCAUUGAUAUUCUUUAUAUAGAUACAGAUGGUGACUGUCAGAUGCACCAGUCUUUUAAGCAUGCACACAUUUGCAGAGGAAGACUUUAGAUGCUGUGCUACCUUAAGUGUUCAUUAGAGGAGACUUUUCUGUGCUUCCUGAGUAUUGCAUCUUCAGGAUUUGAUUUAGAACAUUGAAUGACAUAAUACCAUUUUGAAAUUGUUUUGCAAGUAGCAGUUGUGAGGCUUAGGCUGUGGAGCAGAAUCUAAAGAAAGAUCUUCACUCUGUAGCGUUUGUCAUAACUUCUCUGUCGUGGAAUUCUGUUACCAUCACUAAGAGGUAUGUCAGGAAAUUGGCACAGCUUUGCACCAAUCAGGAGUACCUUUUUAAAGAACAUCUCCUCCUUAUAGUUCCACUUUGACAAGUGCACAAAACAGGAUUUCUUACUGUAAGCAUUUGUGUCGUAAGCAGGACACACAGCUAUCGGUGAUUCAGGUCAGGAAUACCUUUUUAUAACUAGAGUGCUCUGCAUAAUGAGCUUUAGAAAACUACAGAUUAGGUGAAGUUUCAUUGGAUCCUCCAGGGAAGUCUUCAGUUUUCUUUGCUAGACUGUUUCUGUUAACAUGGGAAAGAACUGUUUCUAGAAACAGACUGAUAAAUUAUUGCCUUUUGUGUCUAUUCACUAGCUGAUAAAAACAAAAAUAUGUAGUCAGAAUUUAAGUGAUUUUUUUUAAAAAAGAAAGCAAAUAAUUGAGUUUGAUAUAAUGUGAGAUUAAAUGAGAUUAAGUGUUAUUGUGUGAUGCGUCUAAAAAUACGCAAUUGCUAUACAAACUUUGUGUGCCUGGUUAUCAUCCUCUCCACCCAGGCACCUACCCAUCCACCUCAGAAAGCAAAUUAUUCUAUUCUAACCAGCUGCAAGGCAGAGGGAAGUGGGAUGUAUGCUAUUGGGAUAGCCUGCUAGAAGGUGUUUACUUCUGGACGAUAAGCAAUGGCUUCAGGUUCUGUUCAUGAAGACAUAGUGGAGCAUAGAACGAGUGGCAGCUACACCCCCUUCCCUCACUCCUCCCCAAAUCAAUACAUCUGAUACAUCAAGGAACUUUCUCCAACUCCUUUCUGAUGGCAGACUUUCAGCAUGAAAUCUCGAUUACCAAUAUCUUCCAUUCAACUCUGGAAGAAAUCUAUCUCUUACAGAGCGGGUUAUGGGGCAGCGAAAGAGGCUUGAAGAUGCAGUGGACGCCAGAGCAUGCCCAGUGGCCAGAGCAGCACUUUGAUAUCACCUCCACGACCCGAUCUCCUGCCCACAAGGUAGAAGCUUACCGCGGACACCUGCAGCGCACCUACCAGUAUGCUUGGGCUAAUGAUGACAUCUCUGCUCUUACUGCUUCAAAUCUACUCAAAAAAUACGCAGAAAAGUAUUCUGGUAUCUUGGAAGGGCCACCUGAACGGCCCAUUCUGAGUAACUAUUCAGAGCCUCCAUCAGGACUGGUGAAUGGUCGCAAGAGUGAGAGUGAACCUUGGCAGCCUUCUUUGAACUCUGAAAGUGUUUAUCCUAUGAACUGUGUCCCAGAUGUUAUUACUGCCAGCAAAGCUGGAGUAAGUGCUGCCCUCCCUCCAGCGGAUGUUUCUGCCAGCAUAGGGAGUUCACCUGGGGUGGCCAGUAACCUGACAGAACCUAGCUAUUCUAGUAGUACAUGUGGAAGUCACACUGUACCUAGUUUGCAUUCAGGGCUCCCAUCUCAGGAAUAUGCUACUGGAUACAAUGGAUCUUACUUGCAUACAAGUUACAGCGGCCAGUCAGCACCUGCACUUCCUUCACCUCAUCCAUCCCCUUUGCAUAGCUCUGGGCUUUUACAACCGCCCCCACCUCCGCCACCCCCACCAGCCCUAGUGCCAGGCUACAAUGGCACAUCUAACCUUUCCAGUUAUAGUUACUCUUCCGCAAGCUAUCCCCCUCAAAGUGCUGUUGGGCCUGGGUACAGUCCUGGUGGCGCACCUCCUCCUUCAGCCUAUCUGCCUUCAGGAAUCCCUGCUCCAACACCUCUCCCCCCUACCACAGUACCUGGUUACACCUACCAGAGUCACGGCUUAACACCUAUCCCACCCUCCGCCCUGACAAACAGUUCAGCAAGUUCACUCAAAAGGAAAGCUUUCUAUAUGGCAGGACAAGGAGAAAUGGACUCCACUUAUGGAAAUUACAGCUAUGGCCAACAGAGAUCUACACAAAGUCCCAUGUACAGAAUGCCUGACAACAGCAUUUCAAAUGCAAACCGAGGAAACGGCUUUGACAGAAGUGCUGAACCAUCGUCCUUAGCAUUUAAGCCAACGAAACAGAUAAUGGCAUCUGAACAGCAAAGGAAAUUCAGCCAGUCCAGUAGGGCUCUGACACCCCCUUCUUACAGUACUACUAAAAAUUCACUUGGGUCGAGAGCAAGUGAACCAUUUGGGAAAUACAGCUCCCCUGUAAUGAAUGAACAUAAUGAUGAACAUAGGCAGCUCCUUCCUCACCCAAUGCAAGGCUCGGGACUUCGUGCAGCUACCUCAUCUAACCACUCUGUGGAUGAACAACUGAAGAAUACUGAUGCACACCUCAUUGACCUUGUAACCAAUGAGAUUAUCAACCAAGGACCUCCCGUAGACUGGAACGAUAUUGCUGGCCUAGAUUUGGUAAAGGCUGUCAUUAAAGAGGAGGUUUUAUGGCCAGUAUUGAGGUCAGAUGCAUUCAAUGGGCUGACUGCUCUACCUCGGAGCAUCCUUUUGUUUGGACCUCGGGGAACAGGCAAAACAUUAAUGGGCAGGUGUAUAGCCAGCCAGCUGGGAGCCACUUUUUUCAAAAUCUCUGGCUCUGGUCUUGUCACAAAGUGGUUAGGGGAAGGAGAGAAAAUAGUUCAUGCCUCUUUCCUUGUGGCAAGGUGUCGCCAGCCCUCAGUGAUUUUUGUUAGUGACAUUGAUGUGCUACUUUCAUCCCAAGUGAAUGAAGAACAUAGUCCAGUAUGUCGGAUGAGAACCGAGUUCCUUAUGCAGCUGGACACUGUGCUCACUUCUGCUGAGGACCAAAUAGUAGUAAUUUGUGCCACCAGUAAACCGGAAGAAAUAGAUGAAUCUCUUCGAAGGUACUUCAUGAAACGACUUUUAAUCCCACUUCCUGACAGCACAGCAAGGCACCAGAUAAUAGUACAACUGCUCUCACAGCACAAUUACUGUCUCAAUGACAAGGAGGUUGCACUGCUUGUCCAGCGUACGGAAGGCUUUUCUGGACUAGACGUUGCUCAUUUGUGUCAGGAAGCGGUCGUUGGCCCACUCCACGCCAUGCCAGCCACAGACCUUUCAGCCAUUAUGCCCAGCCAGUUGAGGCCCGUUACAUAUCAAGACUUUGAAAAUGCUUUCUGCAAGAUACAGCCUAGCAUAUCUCAAAAGGAGUUGGAUACAUAUGUUGAAUGGAACAAAAUGUUUGGUUGCAGUCAGUGACAAGUCUUUUUUUUAAAAAAAAUGUAAUGAAUGUUGGUGCGCGCACACACACACAUAUACAUACACACAAACCUGUUACAUAGGGCAUGGAAUCCCUUUUUUCAGUAGUAUUAAAAUUGUGAAAGGGUACUGGGAGAAAGGAAGGGGAAAAAAGCAUUAUCACCUUGCAUCUAAAGAGCCAGGUGUAGUCUUGAAGGAAUAGUGCAUCAGACAAGAGCUGUUGAUCUGAAAAGCCACAGAUGACAGGAGGCAUCUGUCGAUGCUCCGUUCCAUUCAGUCUAGACAAGACACUCUCAUUGUGAGCAAGGAGCCAAGUGGGUUGAAUUUUAGAUGGACAUGAACCCUGUGUGUUGAUUCCAUUCUGCUGUUCUUAAGAUUUAGUUGCUGUCAAGUGCCUGAAGUGGUGCUUUAUUUUUUAUUUUUUUGUUUGUUUGUUUGUUUGCCUCACAAUUACAAUGGUGGCAUGUGCUAAUAUAAAGAGCUUUAACUUCAAAAUGUUGUGGGACUAAAGAAAUGAAUGCUUGUGUUGCGACAGAGAACCAGUUUAUUUUUUCCACUUGUUUUUGUUUUCACUUUGGCUAGUUUAAGAGCAACAGUAUUCCUCAGUCCUGUCUGUUCUAAAGUAUUAAACCAAGAACAGGUAAAACAGGGUAAUGGUAAUCUGGAUCUUAAUUUCUGCAAUUCAUUUUUUUAAGUGUUCUGUCUGCAAAAAAGAGAAAAAAACUCAGGAAAGUGAUUGUGAUUUGUACAGUACCUCAAAGGAAUGUGUUGAAAGCACUAUGUACUGCUGAGAGUUAAUAGGCUAGGCUUCAAUGUUACUUUAUAUUAAAUAUGUAUGUUUACCUCAAAAGUUGGGAAAAAAAUUACAAGGAAAAAUACUUUGAAUGUAUCCAGGAGCAAGCUGAAAGUGUGCUAUAAAUUAAUCUUUAAACCUUUAAAAAUAGGAACAGCGGGGGGUAUCACAGUGUUUAAAAGUAACAUUUCUUUUAAAAAAUAAAAACAAUAUUGGAGAUCAAAACAGAAGAGGAGUAUUUUCAUGGCAGUCGUGUGUGAAAGUCCUUAGUCCUUGACAAUUUUGUGACAAGUUGGUAGUGCACAGACAAUAAGAAAGCCACCCUGUCGAAUUAUGUCAUCAUCUGGGACAGUCAAAGGCAACAUCUAGUUAGGACUCUGAGAAGCAAAUUACCUUAGACUCCAACAGCUUUUAUAUCUUGGUUAGAGUUGUGGUGUCUUGAUUAUUUCAUUGAGUCAGUCGAACAAAAUCAUUCUAGGUCACUGAGAUUGCUUAUGGGUUGCAAAGCGGUUUCUGGCAAUCUCAAUGCAGUAAAGAGUGACCAAACAAAAAAGCAAGACAAAACUGAACCCUCAAAUUGCAUUUCUCUUUCUCGCCAUUCAUUUUUGACACACAAAUGAAAUGUUGUUUGCUUGUUUUUAUGUGUGUGUUGCCUCUUCUGUUUUUUGAGACUUAAUCAUGUUCAUUAGAAAUGUUCCAGGCUGUGUCUACCAUUUUAUUCCUACCUCAAUUUUUGUUAGUAUUAAUUUCUGUCGGAAAGAAAGGAAUGGGACAUUUGGUUUCAUCAGGAAUGCGCAUUUGUAUAAUGAAUAGUGCAUGUUUCCUUGAAAAUAAGUUGCACUAUGUGUUCCGUUAGCUUACUUCCAAGUAAAUAUGUGUAAGAUUGCCAUCAAAAGACAACAUGGAAGGAGGGAGCGUAACAGUUUCCUCACUAAGGGAAGCUAUUUGCCUCUUGGUUUUUGUCAAGCCAGUGCUAUCUUCCCUCUGGAAAGGCAAGCUAGCUAGCAUGUGUGGCAUUCUGUACAUUUUGUGCCCCCACUCCAUAUUGUCUUUCUUUGUAUUCUUUAAUGUUUUUAUAAGCAAGUCUUUUUAUGACAGCUGAUUGAUGUUGGUAAUGUCUCUGCAUACUGUAGCAAUCUGAGCUUUUACAGCCACAUGAGCAGAACAGUCCUUUCUAUAUAUAAUUUCUAUUUACUAUGAAGCGGCAGUAGCUGAACACUAGCAAGGCCCUGGCAUUUAAUGUUAAUUUUAAAUUAUGUACCUUUGAAUACAUGAAAUAAAUGCACUGAAAAGCCCUAAAGAAGAAGAAGAGACCAAUAAGUUACCUGGUUAUUUUAUGUCUUUAAAGGUAUUGUCCAGUUAGUACUCUUGACAUUUAGUUAGCGAAAACAUUAGGGACAGGUAAGUUAACAGUGGCUGGCAUUUUAUUUAUGGCAAUUCCCUCCCUUUUAAUUCCUUAAAAUAUCUUUUAAUCUCCAAGCAAACAAACCAAAAUGUACAUUCUACCCAUUUCUUUUUUUCACUCUAAACUUAGGAUUUUUUAAGGAAAAACCAGAAGGUCAAUCAAAAAACAAAACAGUGCCUUUCACUGAGGAUAUAGUAAAAUUAGUCUUAAUAGAUGCGCUGCUUUUUGAAGUAUGCCUCCCUUUCUCCCAUCUGUCCCCUUACAUCUCUCUUCCCUGAUCUUUUCCUUUUUGUUUGGGAAGCCCAAGUAUCCCUUUUGCAGUAGAGUCAUAUUGAUCUUGCAGUCAGGUUUACUCAUGUAGAUUGUGGAUCAAUCUCCCGUCUUUCAGAUAACUACAUUUUGUGUUUAUUAUCAUGCUGUGCUUAUUUAAAAGAUUCUAGUAUGUUUUUGAAAACAACUAUAUUUACAUCACAAAAUCUAAAAAUCCUUCUAAAUCAAUAUUACUAAGUAGUUUUGGGUAAACAAAACACAAUGCAGAACAACAGCUUACAAAAAUUAUUUUUCCAGCCCAAUACCCAUGUUCUAAUUAAAAUGGUAUACAAUUACUCCUUUCGACUCUACGUCUCCCUGUGUAUUUUGGAAAAGGAACUGAGUGUUCCAAUGAGGCUUAAAAAUAAAGGAUUAGAUGGUGAAACUGAAUUUUAAGAAAUCAAAGUGUUUUCCUGCCAAGUAUUGUCCAGUUGCAGCUAGUGGGGUUAUAAUGCUUUACCUAACAUGAGAAGAAUAGCUCUGUUUCCUCUAUCGUCCUUCCACAGGCAGGAAGCAAGCUAUAACAUCCUAUCAACUCUCUGCCAAUGGAGAUUCCCUGGUAAAUGGAAUCGCUCAGCCUUUGUCCAGCGUGCUCAGACCCCAUUUGCUCAUUUUUAACGAACUCUCUAUACGCCGGGCUGGGAAGUCACAGCUUUCACAGUUCAUAUGUGAAUAAGGCCUUUCAUUUCUUAUGCUGCUACAUUCUCUCCCAUAUGGAAUGGCUAUCCUGUAUGUCUCAUUACAAAAGAAAUGGAUCCUGAGACUUAAGCUUCCAGGAUAUUUGGAUGUGCCAUGAAUGAGAAGACUGCUUGUUGUGAGGGUGUUGAUAUGGCCAACACACAGUGAUGUUCUGAGGAUUUAAAAGGACUAUGGGAAGAAUGUCUCUGCCAUCUUUUUCAUUCGGCCAGGACUUCACCUCCAACGUGUUUAAACAAAGACACUCAGAUAGGGCUACCAGAUUCCAUAUUAAAUAGGUAUCCUGUGCCUUUAGUAGAAGGAAAAAUGUUAUAGUUACAGCCUCUCCCACCAUUAUAUCUCCCAGCUAGUUAACCAUUCACUUGCCAAAUUCUUCCUUCUCUUCAACUGGCAACUAAUUGAAGGCAUCAAAUCCCAGGUUAAUAGCUUUUGAGAAAAGUAUUUGAAUAGUUUGGGGUAAAUUGCCUACAAAAUUAUGCUUGUGUGGGCCAUUCCAAUUUUGCACUAGACAAAGUUUCUUUUUUUGCAAUUACAGUAAGAAGUCCAACAACAGUAAACGCAGAGAAGAAUUUUCUGCCUGCCAAAUUAUCAAUAUGAAUGCAAAUAUGCAGUAUAAUUACCUUUAUAUAAGUUUGUGCAGAAGUACUCUAUUUCUGGCAUGUUUCUCAGCCCAAAAUAUUUAGACCAUUAGGGACAGUAGUGAAAAGUUUGCUGACUGAGCUGAUCAAUGGAAUGUGAAGGCAGUUUGAGGCUAUUUACUUUUGCACAAAAUAUUUCUCUAUUAGUCAAUUUGUAUUCUAUUCAAAUGCAGAUAGAUGGAUAAAAUGGUUUUUCUUGCGCAUUUCAAACCCAUCAAGGAGAAAAUAAAACCUCCCAGUAAAACACAUAGGCAAAGCACCAUCUGGGAAAGCUAGCUCAUCUGUCCAGGGGCUAUGCUCUGUAAAAUAGUACAAGGUCAUUUUAUAUGAGCUGGCAUAAUACUUUGCUAGGCAAUUUUCAAAAGGAGAUAAUCUAGUGUAAAAACCCCAAUUAAUUCCAACAGAUGUUGGUAGAUGGUAAUGUGUUUACAUGUCAAAAGCAGGAAACAAAGGUUUCUAUUGCCUGCAAAUGUGUGUAACUUUGAGUGGGUUGGAUAACUAUUAUUGUAUAUGUUUCAUUCCAAUCGACACAGGCUGCAUUCUGUGGAACUGAAAGGCUUUCUUUUUAAAAGUGAGAUCUCAAAAACAGCAUGUUGAGGUUGACUUUAAAUUUUGUUUCUAGUCCAAUCCAUUGGUUCAAUUAAUUUAUUCCUCACAUAUCCCUCGCAAUUCUAAAAUAUCAAAGCAAAAGUGGAAAUUGUGUAGCCUUCCAGGUGUUGUUGAACAGCAACUUGCAACAACACUGGUUGGCAACUAAUGGUGAUGAAUGCUGGGCGUUUCAGUUCAACAACAUCUUGAAUGCCACAUAAUGCCAACCCUUGCAGUAAGAUAUAGCUAUGUAUGUCAGCCUUCUUCACUAAAGAGGUCAUGGCUUGAAACAUCUGCACAACUUCCAUUGAUUUAAAUGUGAGUUGCCCAUGAGUACUCUUACUCACCUUCCAUUCAUUUCAAUGGGAUGAAUGUGGUCAAAACAACUGCUCAAGUGUGUUCCAGACAGAUAUGAAGAUCAACAUGUGUUCCCCUUUCAUCUUAUAUGUGUGCAUGUGUUUAUACAAUGUUUGUGUGUACCUACAUAACCUGAAGGACUUUUUGGGUUUUCUUUUUCAAAUGAAUGAUGAAAGCUUUCUGUUCUUUAAUCAUUUGCAGAUUUAUAUACAAAGCACAUUAGUAAACACAGAGCUAGCAAUAUUUCUGGGCUCAAAGAAAUAGCUGUACUGGGGAUUAGUCAAUACAUGAACUGUCUCCCACUCUGCAAAGACCUUUGGUUGACAUUCGAUUUUGAACCUGCCAGAUACAUUUUUGUGAACCAGGGAUACUGCAUCUUUAAUGAAGAAGUCUCUCCUCUUUCCCCUGUUUUUAAAUACAACACAAGGAGUGUAAAACUAGGCACUGCAAUUGUCAAAGACAAUUAGACUGAAAGCAGGAAAAUUUCACCUCCCUGUCUCAAUGAUAUGUAGGAUGUCGGCAGUGUGGGUCAGCCUUGCUACAGAGCUCUGUGAGAAUAUAUGAACCAGUCCUAUAGAAUGUUAAAUAUUUAUAAAAUGGUUCUGUUCUGCACCAAGGUUGGAAAUAUAGUCAUCCCUCCUUGUUGUCUUGCAGUAUACAAAGAGGCAAAAGUUUAUUUUCCACACCUAAACUUGUGUGUUUAUGUUUCUCUCACCCACCCCAGUUAUCCUUCGUGUGGUUUAUAUGCUGUCGUUAGACCUUUUAUUUCUGGUGGCCUCAUUUAUUUUAUAUCUAUAUAUCUAUGUAUCUAGAUUUUCCCCAACCGCCACAUUGGGUGUGUAUUCAGACAUUGUUCUUUAAAAACCAUUUCUACCUCAUUACUACAUAUUGUACAUGUAGUAUUUAUUUGUUGUCUUUUUUUGAAUGUCAUGCAUUUCGUAAGAAAGACUUGUCCUUGAACUUGAACAGUCUACCUCAGAAAGACUGUCUCUACACUGAACAGUAUUAACAACUGAAAUGAUAAGAAGCAUUAGCAAAGUGUGGCAGGGUAGAUAAUGCAGGGGGACUUGGGAUACUGAUGGACUUUUUAAUUGUACUCUUGUAACACAAGAUUGCUUAAAGGAACUUAAAGGAAAUUAUGCACUGUGCAGAUCGUUAUCAAACUCCCACUUUUUGGCAUGCUAUAGGAAAAUGCAGCUUUAUUACGAUGAACCCUGAUUUGGGGGAAAAUGUCAAUUUCCUCCAGCAUUCUUUGCAUUGGCAAUCUGGCUACAUUCUAUUGCUGUACUCUGUUAACUGACAUACAGUACACCUUGGCUCUUAAACUAAAAACAAAUGAUAGUACUUAAGGAUUAUUUUUAAUCUUCGGUGAUGUAAAAAAAUGUGUCACACGCUGUUAAGACUGUACGUUUAUCACAUCCUGUAUACUGGAAAAAAAAGAAGAGAGAUGGCAUUUGUAAGGUUUCAACAUAAACCAAAAAACAAAAACAAAAAAAAAAGAGGCACUUCCCAAAGGACUUUAAAAUAUGGGCUUCAAUCCUGCGCGGUAUUACACAUGUCUGAAUCCCAUUGCAAUUGACUUACCCAUGCACAGAGGUGCACAGGAUUGCAGCCAUGGAGUCAAGGUGCUCAUAUGUUCUGUAAUCAAACGAUUUUAUUGCUGAUUCUGCUUUAUAAACAUGCUUGCUUUUGGAAGUAAUUGUACAUGGAUGGCACAUUUGAAGUACUUUGUAUGAAGUAUUUUAUAUUUUAUUAUUUAUUUUUGCAUUAUUUCCCUCCCUUCCCCUUUGUCUCUAUCCGCUUUGCAUUAUUGUAGGAGAAGGAAACAACUUGUGCGCUCUCUCUCUCUCUUUGUGUGUGUGUGUGUUUUUUAAAGAAAAUACUGAAAUGGGUUAACCAACCCCAAUCAAUGCAUGGACCUUUCUAGUUGCUUGUCAGCAAAUUGUGGAUC